UCUUUACCGGUCACCAAGCCUAUAUCCAUAUCUGUGAUAUAGAGCCGGUAAUUUCAAACAUCAUUUCGAUAACGUCUGCUAAAUUCAAGAAAGCAAAUUCUUUUAUCUAUAACGAAAGUGAAUGGAUCUUCAAGUCUCAUGUUUUCAACAAACAACUUGGUGUUUUUGUCAACAUAAAGAAUUCUCUGUAUACUGUGAUUCAAACCUUUAGUCUUUUAGGAUUUAUAUAACGUAAGAACGACUAGGAUCUCUGAGGCAGGGGCUAAUAGUAUUAAACAAAUCUUUGAACAAAAUUAUAGAAACGCAGCAACGUAAGGUAGAUUGGCAACAAAGGGACAAAAGUAGAAACAACAUGUCAGAUGAAGAAGACAAACCCCCUGCACCUCCUGUACGACUUACAUCAAAUAGAGGUGAAUCAACACCUAAUUUACCAGUGGAUAUGCGUCCACUACCUAAGGAACCUGAUUCUGAUGAACGUAAGAAGAAAACAUUGAAAAGCAAAAUGAAGGUAAAAGAAAAUAAGGAUAAACCCAACAUCAGUUAUCCCACCAACUUUGAACAUACUGUACAUGUUGGAUUUGACGCUGUUACUGGUGAAUUUACGGGGAUGCCAGAAGCAUGGGCAAGGUUGCUUAUGUCUAGUAAUAUUAGUAAACAAGAACAGAAGAAAAAUCCACAGGCUGUAUUGGAUGUUCUGAAUUGGUAUGACAGUAGCAGUAAAGAAACAAAAGGUUCCAAAUACAUGACAACUACAAAAAUGGUUGGGGUGGUUGCUCCUAUUGAGAGAGCCAGUAGUCCUAGAAGCAUGGUGGGUAUAGGUGUUGGGACAGGAGGAGGAGGAGGAAAUAUUCGUGGUCAAGCAAUGUCACAAGCUUCUGGAAGUUCUCAUUCUCAACAUUCGCUCAGCAGAGUAAGUAGCAGUAGUCCAAGUAGUACACCAACGGAUGCUUGCGCGACUAGUUCCGAACAGGAAGAUGAACCGCCACCACCACCGAUUUCUGCUAGGCCCGAACGUACGAAAUCGAUCUAUACAAAGCCAAUAGAAGAAGAACCACCGCCUCCAUUAACUACCACGUUAGGAUCACCCCAACGAAACGGAACGCCGCAACAGCCACAUCAAUCACAACUGGAUAGAAAUAAAAAUCAAGCGACUCCUACAUCAACGACAACCGAUCAAACAAGACCAGCGCAAAGUGAUAAAGCUAGAAAGAAAAAAAUGUCAGAUGAUGAAAUAUUAGAAAAAUUAAGAACAAUUGUAAGUGUAGGUGACCCAAAUAGGAAAUAUACGAAAAUGGAAAAAAUAGGACAGGGUGCUUCGGGAACGGUGUACACAGCAAUUGAAACAUCAACAGGUAUGGAAGUUGCAAUAAAACAAAUGAAUCUUUCACAACAACCAAAGAAGGAGUUAAUAAUAAAUGAAAUAUUGGUUAUGCGGGAGAAUAAGCACCCAAAUGUUGUAAAUUACUUGGAUAGUUACCUCGUAGGAGAAGAAUUAUGGGUAGUUAUGGAAUAUUUGCCUGGUGGUAGUUUGACAGAUGUUGUAACUGAGACUUGUAUGGAUGAGGGUCAAAUAGCAGCAGUGUGUAGAGAGGUCCUACAAGCUUUGGAGUUCCUUCAUUGUAAUCAAGUUAUACACAGGGAUAUUAAGUCUGAUAAUAUCCUGCUUGGACUAGAUGGUGGAGUAAAAUUAACAGAUUUUGGAUUUUGUGCACAAAUUUCACCAGAGCAAAGCAAACGAACUACAAUGGUUGGUACACCAUAUUGGAUGGCGCCAGAAGUAGUUACAAGAAAACAGUAUGGUCCAAAGGUUGAUAUCUGGUCGUUGGGUAUAAUGGCUAUUGAAAUGAUAGAAGGAGAACCACCAUAUUUAAAUGAAAAUCCAUUAAGAGCAUUAUAUUUGAUCGCAACAAAUGGUAAACCUGAAAUCAAAGAAAAGGAUAAACUGUCAGGAAUUUUUCAAGACUUUUUGGAUCAGUGUUUGGAGGUCGAAGUGGAGAAACGAUCAGCGGCUUCAGAAUUACUCAAGCAUCCUUUUCUGAAAUUAGCAAGGCCACUUGCUUCCCUAACACCUUUAAUAAUGGCAGCGAAGGAAGCUGCUAAAGGUAAUUAGAAGAGUGGUAUUAUGAUAUGAUCAUAAAAAUAUAAUUUUGCAGAAAAAUAAUGAAUCACCCUCCCAAAAUGGAACGGCACAAUAAUUCAAUAAUAUAUAAUAAAUAAUGAAUAAACAUAUAUAAAUAAAUAAAUAAAUAUAUAUAUGUAUGUAUGUAUGUAUGUACGUAUAUAAAUAUAUAUAUAUAUAUAUAUAUAUAUAUAUAUAUAUAGGUCAUAGAUAGAUAGAUAGAACUUAUCCGAUACCUUGAAAAGUAUCGAGAAAUGGUUUCAAAGUUUUUAAAUUGCUCGAUUCUCGCAUGUUGCGAGGAAAUCAAGUUAAAUCAGAAGAACUGUGAACGAUCUGACGGCAGAAAUCUUGUAUUCCUCGAUGGGUAUAUAUUAGUUACUAAGAGUUCAACAUUUUAUUUAAAUAGUCUUCAAAGUAAAAGAUAAACUGUACGAGUGGGUUGUUGCCUGAAGAGCUCUUGUACUAAUACCGAACUGUCAUCGAGGAUUCUCAAGCGACUGUCAGUUAUUUUCUAAAAAUAUAAAGCUAGUAUUACUGACUCUAAAAUUGAAGAUCAGAGUUAGCUACAAACAUACAUUAUUUAUAGCAAAAACCUUAUUAGAUAAUACCACAAAACAAAUGUGAACAAGUACAUAGGACCUAUUCUAAUAUAUUAUUAUGGUUUAACAAAAAAAAAUCGUAGAAGAAGAAAAUUGAUCUUCGUGUCAGACUUAUAUUUUUUGAAUGAAGAUAUGGAGAGCAGAGCAAUAUGUUUUCAGUCUUUGGUCUGUCAGUAUGACGUAGAUGUAUAAGCGAUAGCCUAACUUGUUUUAAACGUUCUCAAGAAUCACGUUCUUGUCAAUUGGAUGUUAGUAAACUUCAUUAUGUUAUUAUAUUAAACUGAAGUUUUAAUGAAUCUUUUAAGUAUUUGGACACUGCAACUUUUGCAUUAUUAUGUUAAUUUGUAUAUAGUAUAGGCAAUUAAUUUCAUACAUAAUGAAAUUUAUGAUGAAUUUCAUACACGCGAUUCUUAUUUAAAGCUGUUCAUUUAUAGUUGUAGGAUAAAAUAUAAGUACUUUUUCUCAUUUGCAUCGCUGACGGGACACGUUAAAAUAUCGACCCUGUUGCUAAAGUACAUUAUGAUGUGAGAACAUCUUUCUAUAGACGAAUGUCUAGUUACGUGUGUUCUUCGAUACAGGUCAAACAUAAGUUGUCUUUAACGUGUCUUAUUAAGAAGUGAACGGAUGAUGGACGAAAUUUUAAAACAAGGUUCAGAUAUAGGAACAUUUUGUGACACUAUAAAGUGCCUGUCUUGUCAUGUUUAGAGACGUGAAAAACUCGCGCUAGAUUCCUUAUGAUCUUGAACCAUCAACAGAAUAAUUUCAUAUUUUGUUUAAUACAGAUACAGAUUGAGAAAAAAUAUAUAAAUUUAUGUUGACGAUGAUUAUAUAAGACAAGGUUUCUACGUAUGGUUGUACUACAUUAAACGUAAUAAUUAAUGUCUUUCCUAAUUAUAUUAUAUCUUAAACAUACUAUAUUACUGAGAAUGAAACCUUGGAUACUUUUAGUUUAAGGAAUACGAACUUUCGAAUUUGUUACUUUUAAUUCUUUGCAUCUUCGUUACGUAUAGGAGUUUAUCGUAAACUAAAGCUAAAGAACGCCACGUAAAAUUAUAAUAGAUAUUGAAGAAAUUAACAUAUUACAUAUGAAACAAAAAAAGAAAAAGAAAAAAAGGAAAAAAAAAAGGAAAAUGCAUACGUUAUUUGGUAAUGAACAAUCGUAUAUGUAAUAAUAUAUUCAUUAUUUACUGAGUUUAUUACUUUCGUAAUAUUAAAAAGCCUGAUUAGUUUUUUAUAAUAAUCGAUAAUGUCUAAUUAUACUUGACAGACGAAGCAGCUCAGUUUGUAUUGUGCGCUUACGCCUAAAUUUGGAGUUGUAUGCUGAAGGGUAAAUCUACUUACCUGUAAAGAAUCAGGGAUUAUAAUAUAUAAUCGCAUGGAAUUUGUUUCAGUAUUCUGUAAGAACGAGCUCUUGCAUUAUUUUGUUUCAGCAUCAACUUCAAAUUUUCUAGGAAUUGUAAGCAAUUAUAGGAGGUAUAGAAAACGAAAUAAUUGUGCACGUCUAGUAUUAAUAAAUAUACAUUUCUGUAAAAAAAAAAAAAGAAAAAAAGAAGAAAAGAAAAUGAGAUUCAGGGUCAAAAUUGACGUUAACAACUCGAUCAGAAAUACUGAACGAGGUCCUGCAUUUUCACAAAUAUCUUUAGAAAAAAGAAGUAACGUCCAUUUUAUGUCUAUUAUAUUACUGCGACAGUUAUUAAGCAUAUUUCAGCUACAAGUAGUAGCUAUCUAUAAGAUUCAUUUUUAUUCGUAAAUCGAGGCAAGUUAGAUGCAAAAUUUUACUUGUCCAUAUUUUGAAAAAUUUGUAUAGAAACGUAUGCAAAUAAUAAUUAGAAAUAUGAAUAUUUUGAAUGAAUCCUGUUGCUUAUGUAUAGAGAAUAAACAAAAGUACAAAAGUUGUAUUAAUAUGCCUUACUGUAAUAAAAGUAAACAUUAUUUAUAAAAUUAGCAAGCAAUCGUCAUUAUUUUAAUAUUGAUGAACAAUACAAAAUUACGUAUAAAACACAUAAUAAAAAUGUGGACAAGUGUAAAUGUUUUUGCAUCUUCAUCUUGAUUACCGUUACAAGUGCAUUUAUGUAUCCUCAUAAGGAAUGUAUUAUUGUCAGUUUAGAACUAUGAAAUAGGUUCCUAUACACAAAUCAAGUUAAGUAUGUAUAUGCAUGUUUUCAAUACCUUUUUUUAUGAUGUUUUUGAAAAUGCUUCGAGAUCUCAAUUAUAAAAUAAAUCAGGCCUACUGAUACUGAAGCCGCUAGUUCAUUUAUACAUGUCACAGUAAACGUUUUGGCUUCAAAUUAUUAAUAAAAUUUCCCACUUCAACUGUACCUCUAUUUGUAUAAAAUUGGCUUUUAUUAUCUAAUGAAAAUAUUUGGUAAAAUUCUGGUUUCUCAGGAAAACUAAUACUUAACAGUGUCGAAUUUAAAAAUGAAAGAAAGCAGCAAAUGGAUAAUGAAUUAUUGUAAAAAUUAUGCCUAGAAUUUGCGUAUAUAUUGUACUGUAACAUCUUUUAGUUUGUUUUGAAACGUUAAAAUAUAAGGAAACAUUUUAUAACAAAA